GGCUAUAAAUACAGAACUCUGUUUUAAGAGCUGAAGAACAGGGGAAUUCCAGGAAACCGACGAUGGCUUCAUCUGCAACAUGGGGUUUGCUUUUCAUGGCCCUGGUGUGGCAUGGAAGCACAGGAACAGUAAUUAAGCAAGGAAAUGACGUGCCUUGCGUGGCGUGCAGCCAAGCGAUGAGCACGAUGGUGCCGUGUUUUGAGUUUCUGGAAGGUGGAGGUUCCGGCGAGCCGUCACCGAGGUGCUGCCUCGCUGGCAUGCAACUGAGUGCCAUGUGCAGUUCAGCUGAGACACGAAAGGCAGUGUGUUAUUGUUUCAGAGACGCCAAGUUUCAGCCUCCAAUCCUUGCCCAGAGGGUUGAACAGCUCCGUCAAGCUUGCGUCAAGGACCUUCCUCCCAUCCCCGCCGAUCCCUCCCAGGACUGUUCCUACUAAGGUUUCUAGGAUGGUGAGAAUUGAGAAGGAUCAAGUGAAGCAGAAACAUACUGAAACUGAAGGAGGGUUUUUAGGACUUAACAAUAGUGAAUCCUCAUCGGCAAUCUGCCAGUCUUUCUCGGUAUCUUCUGUGUAUGUAUGUAUGGAUUCGACAUAAAU